AUGACCUCCUCGUUAUCAGCUAUUUCUCAUGUGAUUAUCAUGUCAGCAGAAUUUAUUACAGGGAUUACAGUAAAUGGAUUUCUUAUAAUCAUCAGCUGUAAUGAAUUGAUCAAAAGCAGAAAGCUAACCUCAAUGCAACUCCUUUUAAUAUGUAUAGGGGGGUCUAGAUUCGGUCUACAGAUGGUGUUAAUGGUACAGAGUUUUUUCUCUGUGUUCUUUCCGCUCAUUUAUCGGGAAAAAAUUUAUGGUGCAAUUCUGGUGUUCCUUUGGAUGUUUUUUAGCUCUGUCAGUCUCUGGUUUGCCACCUGCCUUUCUGUGUUUUACUGCUUCAAGUUAGUAGGCUUCACCCAGCCCUAUUUUCUUUGGCUGAAAUUCAGGAUCCCCAAGUUAAUGCCUUGGCUGCUCCUGGCAAGCCUGCUGGCCUCCCUGAGCACUGCAGCUCUGUGUAUCGAGGUGGAUUACCCACAAAACAUAGGCGAUGGUGACCUCGGGAAUUCCACACUAAUGCUGCAUAAAUUCAAGCUAAAGCAAACGAAUGAUGUGCUUCUUGUCAACUUGACCCUCAUAUUUCCUCUAACCAUAUUUAUGAUGUGCACGUUCAUGUUACUCAUUUCUCUCUGGAAACACACUCAUCGGAUGCAAAAUGGAUCUCAUGGUUUUAAAGGUGUGAGCACGGAAGUCCACAUAAAUGCCUUAAGAACAGUGCUAACCUUCUUUAUUUUCUUUAUUUCUUAUUUUGCCGCCUUUAUGACAAACAUGACCUUCAUCAUCCCUUACGGAACUCAGCACUUCUUUGUGGUGAAAGACAUAAUGGGAGCAUAUCCCUCUGGCCAUUCAGUUAUAAUCAUCUUGAGUAAUUCUAAAUUCCAACAACCAUUCAGGAGGCUUCUCUGUCUCAAAAAGAACUAA